AUGAAUUCGAAGAAUACUUCACAAGGCCAUGGCUUUCUUUUACCGGUCUCGAGACUGUCAUUGGCGACGAUGAUGUUCAUGGUCAUUGGUGUUCCGCUAGCAUUGGGAAUAACUUACAUCCUGGUGGACUAUUUCCGCGUAUUGAAACAGCGACAGAAGCUCCCGCCUGGCCCUUUUCCGUGGCCGUUGGUUGGCAAUCACUAUCAGAUCAAGCUUCCCCGACCAUGGCUUUAUAUGACCGACUUGAGCGAGCAAUAUAAAAGUCCCAUGAUUACUAUCUGGCACGGCCACAAGGCAAACAUUAUCUGCAAUGAUAUUUGGACGAUUUCCGACCUUCUGGACAAGCGCGCCAACAUCUACUCUUCACGUCCACAUAUGGUCAUGCUUGGCGACUCCCGUAAUGCUACGGCUUACGACCAGGUAUGCUUACCGUAUGGAGAUCGCUGGCGAUACCACCGCCGCCUCACCCACAAUGCGACUGGGUCUCAGGCAGUGCGAUCAUAUCGCGCCUUUCAAUCAAGCGAAAUUCGGGUCUUACUACGAGACUUGCUCCUCACCCCAGACAACUUUGUCAAAGCCAUCGAACGGUACUCCAUUUCGAUCGUUUCUUGCAUCGGCUUCGGUCGCCGGGUCGACAAAAUGAACGACGAUGUGGCCCAGGUCGCGCUCAAAUUCAUGGAAGGGGUGGACCUUGUGAUGCCGGGCAUGUUCAUCAUGGAGACAAUCCCUGCUUUGAUCAAAUUACCCAAGUGGCUCUAUCCCGCGGCAUCGAUAGUGCUCGAGAACGGCAAGAAGUUCAACCGCUUCUUCACGUCUUUGUCAAAAGAAGCAUCAGUCUCCGGUCAAGACAAUUUCGCCAAAGCAUUAUUCAAGGAGAAAGAGGCCAACGGGCUUCGUGACGAAGAGAUCUCGUUCCUGACAGGCAACAUGAUUGGUGGCGGCGUUGAUACCACGGCAAGCACAACCAUAACGUUCAUCCUUGCAAUGUGCGCGUUCCCCGAGGUGCAGAAAAAGGCCCAGCAGCUCAUUGACGAAGUGGUGGGCUCCCAUCGCCUGCCAGAAUGGGAAGACGAGGCAAACCUACAAUACGUUCGUGCCUGCGUGGACGAAUCACUCCGAUGGCGAACCGUCACAAUUCUUGGUGGCAUCCCGCAUGCUCCGUCGGAAGACGAUAUCUAUGGUGACUACUACAUUCCGAAAGGCACUUGGAUCACAGGAAAUUUAUGGGCAAUCCACCGCAAUCCUUCCGAGUAUCCUGACCCCGAUACAUUCAAGCCGGAACGCUUCAUCACUCGAGACCGUCCCUUUCCAAACAAAAAAGGCCACAACGCAUUCGGCUGGGGCAGAAGACAAUGCAGUGGCCAACCCCUCGCCGAGCAAGGUCUCUUCUUGACCUUCGCAAGACUACUCUGGGCAUUUGAUAUCAAACCAGGAUUGGAUUCUAAUGGACAAGAAAUUCCGGUAGACAUUUUUGCUUACGGAGAAUCGGAGAAUAUGAGACCUGAACCCUUCCGUGCCCGAUUUAUACCGCGAAGUGAGCGCCACAAAGAAAUCAUUCUUAGUGAAGCAGCGACAGCACGCGAGUUCCUGAGACAGUUUGAUGGAGAGACAAAGGUUAAGAUGGAGCCUUUGGAGAUGUGA